AGGCUGCGCCUGAGGCCCAGAAGGGGUAGCAGGCCAUGGCGGCGGCGGCGGCUGCGGCUGUGGCGGGUUGGCUGGGCUGGGUGCUUGCCGCGCUCUGUCUGGGCAGCACCGCGGGGGAGGCGGCGCCGGGAGCGGGACUGCUGGGCUUCUGCAUGGAGGAGGACAGCGCGCCGGGCGCCGGCUCGCUGCGCGGAAGGGCAGCGCCGGAGGCCACUUUCUGCUUGCGACUCUUCUGCUCCGGCUUAGGCAACAGCUCCUGGACCUGGGUGGCCACGGAGGGUGCAGGCUGCCCCGAGGGCGGGCGGGCCACGGAGCCCGAGGAGGCGGCCGCCCCGACGGGCGAGUGGCGUGCCCUGCUGCGCCUGCGCACCGAGGCCGGGCGCCCGCGCUCCGCGCUGCUGGCGGUGCGCGUGGAGCCGGGCGGCGGGGCAGCCGAGGAGGCGGCGCCGCCCUGGGCGCUGGGGCUGGGGGCGGCCGGGUUGCUGGCCCUGGCGGCCGUGGCGCGCGGCCUGCAGCUGAGCGCUCUGGCGCUGGCGCCGGCCGAGGUGCAGGUGCUGCGCGAGAGCGGCUCGGAGGCGGAGCGCGCGGCUGCGCGGCGCCUGGAACCUGCGCGGCGCUGGGCCGGCUGCGCCCUGGGCGCGCUGCUGCUGCUGGCCAGCCUGGCGCAGGCGGCCCUGGCGGUGCUGCUGUACCGAGCGGUGGGCCAGCGCGCCGUGCCCGCGGUGCUGGGCUGCGCGGGGCUGGUGUUCCUGGUGGGCGAGGUGCUGCCGGUGGCUGUGAGCGGCCGCUGGGCGCUGGCGCUGGCGCCGCGCGCGCUGGGCCUCAGCCGCCUGGCGGUGCUGCUCACCUUGCCCGUGGCGCUGCCGGUGGGCCAGCUGCUGGAGCUGGCAGCGCGGCCGGGGCGUCUGCGUGAGCGCGUGCUGGAGCUGGCGCGCGGCGGCGGCGACCCCUACAGCGAUCUGAGCAAGGGCGUCCUGCGCUACCGGACCGUGGAGGACGUGCUCACGCCCCUCGAAGACUGCUUUAUGCUGGACUCGGGCGCGGUCCUGGACUUCGGCGUCCUAGCCAGUAUCAUGCAGAGCGGCCACACGCGCAUCCCCGUGUACGAGGAGGAGCGCUCCAACAUCGUGGACAUACUGUACCUCAAAGACUUGGCCUUCGUGGACCCUGAGGACUGCACGCCGCUCAGCACCAUCACCCGCUUCUACAACCAUCCGCUCCACUUCGUCUUCAACGACACCAAAUUGGACGCCGUUCUGGAAGAGUUCAAGCGAGGGAAGUCGCACCUGGCCAUCGUUCAGAAGGUGAACAACGAAGGUGAUUGUGACCCCUUCUACGAGGUGCUGGGCUUGGUCACACUGGAGGACGUCAUCGAGGAGAUCAUCAGGUCUGAGAUCCUGGAUGAGUCUGAAGACUACCACACCAAGGUGAGGAAAAAGACUGUUGCCCUGAGCACCCCUCUCAAGCGGAAGGAGGAAUUCUCCUUAUUCAAGGUGUCUGAUGAUGAAUAUAAAGUAAAAAUCUCGCCUCAACUGCUCCUGGCCACCCAGCGCUUCCUUUCCCGAGAGGUGGAUGUGUUCAGCCCAAUGCGAAUCUCCGAGAAAGUCUUGCUGUAUCUGCUGAAGCAUCCCAGUGUCAACCAGGAGGUGAAGUUUGAUGAGAACAACCGCCUGGCCACACACCAUUACUUGUACCAGCGCAGCCAGCCGGUGGACUACUUCAUUCUCAUCCUGCAGGGCAGGGUCGAGGUGGAGAUUGGAAAAGAGGGCCUGAGGUUCGAGAAUGGGGCCUUCACAUACUAUGGAGUGUCCGCCCUGGCAGCUCCGUCUUCAGCUCACCAGUCCCCCGUGUCUUCACGCCAGCUCAUCCGCCACGACCCGCAGCCUGAACCACCCGAGAGUACCCGCCCCUCCGCAUACUGUCCUGACUACACCGUGAGGGCCCUUUCUGACCUGCAGCUCAUUAAGAUCACACGGUUGCAGUACCUUAAUGCACUCCUGGCUUCCCGAGCCCAAAGCUUGCCUCCAUCCCCAGAGAAUGCUGAGCUCCAGGCCAUCCCAGGCAGCCAGACCAGGCUCCUUGGUGACAAGUCCAUUGAGACAGCAGCCUUCCCAGUAGACCUUUCCCUCUUUGGCACAUUUGGAAACUGCAGUUGAUAAAUGACUGUGGACUAGUGAGCAUUUUUUGUUUUAAGAAAACACCAAGGGUCCAACAACAGCAGACCUGACGUCCCAGUGGAGAAGAGCCCUGGGCAGAACCCAGGAGUGUAACUGCUUGCCAGGCAGCCCUGAGCUGGAAAUGGACAAGCGUGUGGGGAGCUGGGGAGAGCCAAGCAGGAGCUUCAUGCCAGCCUGUCCCCCACCGAUUCUGGCCACGUUUUAGAUGGCCAUUAUAAGAUGUGGGUCCUGGGCCUCCUGAAUGCCAGAGCCUUCAGCUGGCCCUGCCUUCCCUUAGGAGAUAGGACUGGCAGGGCGGUCCUCCAGAAGAAGCCUGUUUCUGGGGGGAUGAAAGGAACAGCAUCAUCUCUAGUCCCCAGGGCCCAGCCUCUCCCCUGAUACUGUAACGGCACAGUGUCUGUACCUCCCUGAGCCAGGUGCCAUGUGGGUGCAGUUACUGCCUUUACACGGUCUUGGCCUGUCUCACUUUGCUUUUAAUUGGCCAACCCUCUGUUGUUGGCAUCACUUUAUGAGCAAACCAAGAGUGCUGGCUCUGGAUGGAGAGUCAAGUCUAUGGCCCUGUCCUGUACCUCUUUAUUUCCCUUACAAUGCCAUAUUUUGAUUCACGUACCCCAGUUUUUUCCAUGUGCCAAAUCUAAAAGCACGAUUCCCCAAUAAGUCUGUGCCCCAGUUCUGCUCCCUCCUGUGGAGGGAGGUUAGCCUCUCUGACUCCUGAAGUCGUGAGCAGGCUGGCCCAGUGACACAGGGGCCUGCCCAGCAUGGCUGAAAAGUCAGUGUUGAGGACCUGCCUUGUACUUUUGUCUUACGCCUCCGGGGACAUGUGUGGCCGUAAUGGGUAGAGAAGAGCGAUCGGGGAGGAUUGUUUGUAACCCUGGUACCUCCUUGUCACCUGCUGAGAAGUCAAGGUUUUCUUGUAUCUGAAAUAUUUCAAAUUGUGUGCCCUUUUCCGUCUCCAGGGACGUUGUUUUUGAGAUGCAGGGGUCGGAAAGCACAAGUUUCCUCUUCCAGGGUACCUACAUUUUCCUUCCACGGUUCCGGCUCUGGGACCAUAGAUUGAUUGGGCUGGGGAGGGAGGAUUUCUGGAACCUUCCUCAAAAGAAUGUGGGUCCUGGUAAGUGAGACUUGCAGGCCAAGAGAACAGUGGUAUGCUUGCCAAGAAAGUAUUCUCAAGGAAUAUGCUCUAAGAACAAACUCAGGUUGGAAGCAAAUACUUUAAAAAUCAUCUCUCUCCAGAAAAGAAUUCAGAAUUCUGGCUGCAGAAUCACCUGGCAAAUUAGAACCUUGGCUACCUGGGCCCUUCUGGGGCUUCUGAUUUAGUCACCUUGAACACCAGGGUUAGGGUCUUGAAAUAGUUUUAGAUUCAUAGAAGAGUUCCAUAUGCCCUUUACUCUGCAUCCCCUGAUGUUAACAUGUUAAAUAACCUUGUUACAGUUACCCAAAUUAAAAUGUUAACAUUGGUGUCAUACUAUUUAACUGGAGGCUUGGUUUGGAUGUUACUUUUUUUUUCUAGUAAUGUCCUUUUCUGUUGCAGAAUUCCAAGGCAGGAUGCCAAGAUGCACUUAGAGCUAUUGUUUUCCUUUUUACCUAACUUUGUAUUUUAUAGUAAUUGCAGAUUCAUAGGAAGUUGGAAAGAUGCAGAGUCCAUGCAUCCUUUAUCUGGCUUUCCUCAGUGGUCCUGUCUUACAAACUGUAAUGUAGUCUCAAAGCCUGGACUGGUGCAGGUGGUACCUGGCAUCUGUAUAGACCUGAGUAACUGCUGCCCAAGUCUAACCCACUGUCCUGUCACUACCAGGGUUCCCCCUGGACUGCCACUCAGAGCCACCUGCCCCGUCCCUAAGCCCUGGCAACCACUAGACUGUUCCUCAUCUCUUUUAUUUUGUCAUUUCAAGAGUGUUGUUUGAGGGGUCGUGCAGUGUGUGGCGUUAGGGACUGACUUCUUCACUCAGCAUAGCUCUCUGGGGACUGAUCCAGGUCAUUGUGCCAGCAGCUUAUUCCCUUUUCUUGCCAAGUGGUAUUCCAUGGUGUAUUCAUUGUCCUGUCAAAGGACAUCUGGGUUGUUUCCAGUUUUUGGCCUUUUCCAAAUAAAGCUGCUAUGAACAUUCA